AUGCCCUCUCCGCGUUUCUCUGUAAUCCAGGCGCUUGCAGCCGUCGCGCUCGGGCUCCACGCGGCCCAGGCUGCGCUGUUCGUGAGCCCGACGAGCGAAGUGCUCAGCAAGUCCUACGAUGUCAUCGUUGUUGGCGCUGGCGCGGCAGGGGCGGUGAUGGCGAACCGCCUCACUGAAGAUCCGGACACGACCGUUCUGCUCAUCGAGGCAGGCUCAGACGACUUCAUGAACUUGAACAUCUCGGUACCUGGAUUCGCCUCCAGGCUCACUGGGUCACAGUUUGACUGGAACUUUACCACGACCCCACAAGAAGGCCUGAACAACCGGGCAAUCCAAUACCCUCGCGGCUUCGUCCUCGGCGGCUCCACUGCGAUCAACCUCAUGGCCUUCUGCCGCGGGACCAAGGACGACUUCGGCAGGAUCGCAAACGUUACUGGAGACAGUGGAUGGGAGUGGGAGAAUCUUCUACCCUUCGUGCUGAAGGUCGACAACAUAACGGCCCCAGCGGACGGGCAUAACACGACUGGGCAAUACAAUCCGGCGGUCCACCGCCAUGGAGUUGUGGACAUUAGCGUCCCGGGGAUGUUCCUGGAGCCCAUCGACUCCAUUGCUCUGAACACCUCUGCUGAACUCCCAGACGAAUUCCUUUCAACCUUGACUACAACUCCGGUGACACAAUUGGCUUCAGUUGGGCUCAAUGGACUAUCCACGACGGCGUACGCGUCACUUCAGCGUCCUCGUAUCUUGCCCAAGCUUCCAGCCGUACUAACCUCGACAUCCUCGUCAAUACUCUCGAGUUUGCUCAAUCUGCAGAUGGUGGGUCCGACUUACAACCUCACUGCGUCAAAGGAGGUGAUUUUGUCUGCGGGGUCUAUCAAGACUCCUCACAUCCUCAUGUUAUCUGGCAUUGGUGAUGCAACGCACCUUUCUGACAAGGGUAUCACUCCUAUUGUCAACCUCACUGCUGUAGGCAGAAAUCUCCAGGACCACGUCUUCCUCCCUAAUUCGUGGAAUGUCACUGCCAACUUCACUCUCGACGACCUUCAUCGGAGCGCCAACCUGACCGCGGAGCAGCUUCAGCUCUGGAUGACGAACGGAACAGGCUUUUUGGGACUUCCGCCUUCUGAUCAGUUCAUGUGGCUGCGUGCAAAUGACUCGAUUUUCACCGACAUCGAUGCGGAGGACCCAAGCGCGGGUCCUACCUCCGCUCACUUCGAGAUCAUCAUCAGUGACAAUUUCGUGUCGAAGCGCGUUGCCCUCCCGUCAACAGGCCGCUUCCUCUCCCUCAUCACGAACGUCAUCUCCCCUUCGUCCCGCGGCAACAUCACCCUGAACACGACCGACCCGUUCGACGCCCCCCUCAUCAACCCCGCACUGCUCUCGACGGACGUCGACCGCGCGAUCAUGCGCGCCGCGAUCGCCGCCGUGCGCCGGUUCGCCGCCGCGCCCGCGUUCGCCGGCUACCUCGUCGGCGAGUUCGGCGCGUUCGGCGCGGCGCGGAGCGCGGACGAGAUCGACGCAUACGCGGCGGACAACGCGGACACGGUCGACCACCCGUCGGGACCGUCGCGCUGGGGAGCGCGCUCGAGCGCGACUUCCGCGUCAAGGGCACGAGGGGGCUGA